AUGGAGAAAACCACUGGUAACAACACCGGCGUCAAGGACGGCUUAGCGGGUGAUCGUGAACAAUAUGCUACGACUCCCAAAAAUGGCGUCGGCACAGAAGUCGAGGUCGGGUCGACGCAAGACCAGAUGUAUGCCAUGGUUGACCCGAUCCUGGAUGCGAAGAUGCAGCUUGUGAACAACACUUUAGAUGAGAUCGGCUGGACAAAUAUGCAUCUGAAGCUCUUUUUCUUGAACGGCUUCGGGUAUGCGGCCGAUUCACUCAUUCUGGCCCUUCAAGCAGUGACCGCAGGUCAAGCUGCGCUUGAGUUUCAGCCGUCCUUCGCGUACGGUCUCAACGUUGCUGUCUAUACGGGCAUGUUGACUGGAGUGCUGUUCUGGGGCAUGGGGGCGGACAUCAUCGGUCGCAGAUUCGCCUUCAAUUGCUCACUCCUCUCGUCGUCCAUCUUUGCCAUCGUUGCAGGGGCCGCCCCGAGCUGGGUAUCCUUGGCUACUUUCGUCGCUUUGGCCGCAUUCGGUGCCGGUGGCAAUCUGGUGCUUGAUACAGCCAUUUUCCUCGAGUAUCUACCGAGCAGUAAACAAUGGCUGCUAACCCUUAUGGCAACUUGGUGGGGUUUGGCAUACGUGAUCGUUGCGACCUUUUGUUGGCCGAUCUAUUCAAGCUCAAGCCUGACCUGCUCCGAAGCUGCGACCUGCACCAAAGCAAACAACAUGGGCUGGCGAUAUGUUUGGUACGGCAACGGAGCUCUCGUUUUCCUCUGCAGUAUCUUACGACUUACGGUGAUCCGAUUGCACGAAACUCCCAAGUAUUUGCUCGUCAAGGGAGAUGACGCGAAGGUGGUCAAGGGCUUACAAGACAUUGCACGAAAGUACAACCGGCCGUGCUCGUUGACUUUGGAGUCGUUGGAAUCUCUGGGCGCCAUCAGCUCGACUUACGGCCAAAGCCGAUACAGCUUCGGAGAGCUCGCAGCUCAUGUUCGUGGCCUCUUCAUGACCAGAAAACUGGCCAUCUCGACGGGUCUACUUUGGCUGUCGUGGACGCUUAUUGGCCUGGCAUAUCCGUUGUUCUACGUCUUCCUUCCAGACUAUCUUGCUUCCCGUGGCGCCAGCACUGGACAAUCAGGUGCCUACUACACCUGGAGAAACUACAUGCUCAGCAGUGUAACGGGUAUCUUUGGUCCUAUUGUUGCUGGUUACAUGUGCAACUUGAAAGUCCUGGGUCGGAAGUACACAAUGGUAAUCGGAGCUCUGAUCACAAUGGCUUUCUUCUUCGCAUACACAGCUGUACGAACUCCGGAACAGAAUGUCGCCUUCAGCUGCAUUAUUGCCUUCACACUCAACAUCUACUACGGCACCUUAUAUGCCUAUACCCCAGAGGUCCUGCCUUCAGCCCAUCGCGCCACUGGCAAUGGUAUAGCCGUAGCUUGUAACCGAGUCAUGGGUCUAAUCUCCUCGUUCGUCGCUGCUUACGGCAAUACUGCCUCCUCGGUUCCCAUCUUCGUAUGCGCGGCACUUUACAUCGCCAUGGCUAUAGCGGCGGUUUUGUUCCCGUACGAGCCUUACGGGAGACGAGCCAUGUAG